AUGAACCUUCUUUUGCUGCUGGGUCUCUUUUUCGUUACAUGGCCAUUGGUUGAUCCACAAGGUCAAAUCGAUACAAAUAUUGAGAUAUCUGAUAUUUAUGAAGAAGAUGAAAAAAGAUCUCGAUUGGUGAUGGCGAAUGGACACAUGACCUUUCAUGCGGGUUUUGCAAAGAAUAUUUCAUUUCGAACUUCUGGAAAUGGAUCGAUUUUUCUCAUGGAUACCGAUAUCUCAAAACUUCCAGAACUUACAAAAUUUCAAGCAGCCGUCCAACGAGUGAGCAUAUUAGAGGAUCUUGUGAGAGGACUUGAAGGAGAGAAAAACACCCUCAAGAUGAACUACGAGAAGCUAAAAGCGCAAGGAAAGACAUCAGCUGAUAAAAUCAAAAAACUCGAAGCGGAUUCUACAAAUUUGACAGUUCGAGUCAGAACGUUGAAUGUGAAUGGAUGGAGAUUGAAAAGAGCAUGGAACAACACGACGAGAUUGUUGAGAAAACUGACAGGAUUGUUGUUGAUGGACGCGUGUCUAAAAUCGCCUUGUCAAGCUGGGUCGACGUGUAUUCCACGAGUGGGAGAACUCUUCUUUUGCUUAUGUCCUGAAGGGAGAUCGGGAGUAAAAUGUGAAGUAAAAGAAGAUCUUUGUCAAAUGUACGCAAACACGGAGGACGGAUGCCAGAACAAUUCCACGUGUGAGAUGGAUCCAAAUGAGCCCACGUUUCUAUGUCAUUGUGGAGAUGGAUAUCACGGUCCCCUUUGUCAAUACAAAACAUCGACUUGUAUGAGGAGUUCGGAGAUUUGUGGACCACAUGGGCAUUGCAUUGAAAGGGAUAGUGAAAAUGAUCCAAAGUACAAAUGUCUCUGUGAUUGGGGAUGGGAAGUGUCGAAAGAUGUAAAGAAUCCGACUUGUGUCGACAUUGAUGAAUGUAAGAGAAAUCCGUGCCAUCCGGGAGUGAAAUGCGUGAAUUUGCCCGGUUCGUUCAAAUGCUCGGGAUGUCCGCCUGGAUUCCAAGGGAAUGGACAAAAUUGCUAUGAUGUUGAUGAAUGUGGAGACGGUGUUUAUCCUUGUUCUCUUUCACCAAAAGUCGAUUGUUAUAACACUUAUGGCGGCUUCAAAUGUGCUCCUUGCCCAGAAGGUUUCUCCGGAGAUGGGAAGAAAUGUUCGAGAAUCGAUCCAUGCGGAUCCGGUGUUUCUCCAUGUCAUCCCGAUGCUAUUUGUGUUCCUGAUUUGACCGGUGAAACACUAAAUCCAAAUGGAGUCCUUUGUCAUUGCCCUCCUGGACAAGCUGGGAAUGGUUUUGGAUUGGAGGGGUGCUUCAAAGACAACACAACAAUUUGUCAAGCGAGCAAUCCGUGCUUGAAUGGGGGAACUUGCCAAGGCCUCGGACUGAACAACUAUCAAUGCAAUUGUCCGGAUGGUUACAUUGGGAAAAUGUGUGAACGACCGAGUCCCUGUCGAGUAAAUCCGUGCAAAAAUGAUGCCAAGUGUUAUCCUCGGGGCCCAAUAAAUUACUUCUGCGAAUGUGCCGAGGGAUAUUUCGGAAUGAAUUGUGAACUUGAGGAAGAUUCUUGUGGGAUGCACAAUCGUUCAGCAUCUGGCACACUCCAAUAUCCGAGUGAUUUCCGCGUGAAAUCUGCCCGUGAGAACUGUGACAUCAUCAUUCGACCCGAGAACCUUGAAAAUGAUGCUCUGAGCUUGAUUUUUUUGCAAUUCAGUCACAUGGGAAUGGGUGAGAACUCGGGAGCGACAGAUUGCAGUAAAACAACGGGAAAUUUAACGGUGUAUGACGGGAUCACCGAUCAGGAUCCGAUUGUCAGUGUUUUUUGUGGAGAAGAGCCGAAUAAUGUUCGGGCUCCAAUUUUGUACAACGAGCUCCGAAUGACAUCAUUUGCUGGAAUGAUGCUGAGAUAUCAAGGAGACUUUAAGGCGAAUUUCCGUUUUCGAUGGAGGCUUUUGAAAAGAAAAUGUGGCUACAGAACAAACGAUGAAACUGGUAGCAUCAACAUGGAUGCAUAUUCAGAGGAAACUGGCUGUGAAUGGUUUAUUCAACUCCCCGCCGGCAAAGUGAUAGAAAUAACCAUUCCACAGUUGGAUCUCCCAAGUGGCCAAAAACGGAAUUGUGGACAAAAUAUGCUUGAGAUCUAUGACGGUCUCGGCACUUCAUUCAUGGCUGCCCGUUUGGUUUUCCUUUGCGAAUCAACGAAUCAAUCUCUCGUCUAUCGAUCAACCGGUCCACAAGUUGCGAUCACUUUCCGAUAUUUACCCAAAUAUAUGCUCAGGGAUCCAUUCACUUCAACUACAACAACCACAACAACAACAACAACAACAACUUCCUCGCCUAUUGUUCGACAAGGAUUCACGAUCUUCUAUAAAAGCAUUGAGCCCGAUCAUCGCUGUGGUGGAGUGAUUAAAUGGGAUGGAAAUGAAGAGUUUCAAGGGAAAAUCACCACUCCGAACUUUGGCAAUUUUUACUAUCCAAAUUUGGAUUGUACAUGGACGAUUGAUGGAAGAUUCGAGAUGGAAUAUUCGCUUGUUUGCGAGAUUUUGGCUACCGGAAAGAAUGGCACAAUUUCUCCAUCGAAUUAUCCGAAUGCUUCUCCAAAACCCUUCAAAUGCACUUAUAUCAUCAAUUCAGAAAAGACACAAGCCGUCAAAAUUACUGUUCGUCAAAACAGACUCCAAGGUGCUUUAUCAAAGGAUUGUUUCUUUAACACUACAGAAAAAUAUUUGGCAAAAGACUAUAUUGAGAUUUCAACAGAGAAUAAGAUCAACAAGGCGCUGAAUGAGAGAUACAUUUGCGCAAAGCAUCCAUUCAUAAAUGGAGGAACGAUGAUGACAAGUGGUGGAAGUCCGAUUAAAAUUGAAUAUUCAAGUAGUGGAAGUCCAACGAAUAAAGGAUUCCUAUUGGAGUACGAGAUAACGGAUGUCGGUUGUGGUGGAGUCUUCGCGGCAACUCAAGGGAUAAUCAAGAGUCCGAAUUUCCCCGAUAAAUAUCUCAAUCACAUGCAUUGUGUCUACACAAUAUUGGGAUCAUGGGACAAGAAAGUGCGACUCACCUUUGACAACUUUGAAGUUGAAGUGGUGCCAAAAGAUGAGUGCAAUUACGAUUAUGUGGAGGUUUAUGAUGGAGAUUUGACUGGACAAAAAUUGGCACGGUUUUGUGGAACUCUGUUGCCACCAAGCCUUCUGUCCAGUUCACACAGAAUGACUAUCCUUUUCGUGAGUGAUCGAUCUGUGCCUGGAAGCGGAUUUUCUGCAAGAUGGAACUCUGUUGAUCCGAGUGUCGAUUGUGAUCGAACCUUCACUUCGCCGAGUGGAGAAAUCUUCUUCAAUGGAUCGAUUACAAAGGCUUAUGAAUGCCAAUAUCAUAUUUCUGUAACUCCCGGUCAUCGUGUGCUUCUUACAUUGAAUUCGUUGGAGAUGCCCUGUCACUUGGGAACUCUCAGUUUACGAAAUGGAAUCAACGAUCAAUCGCCCGGUUUUCACACUUUGUUUGAAGAGAAUGAAGUGUGCAAUGCGCAUAACUUCACCGAAUUGCGAUCAUUCGCUCACCGAGUUUACUUGAAACUGAAAACGACAAAUCCAACUGCGCUCAGCUUCAAUAUCUCGUACAAGAUUGUAUCUCAAGGCUGUGGUGGUCAUGUUGAUGGGAUGGAGGGGACAAUCUCUGCACCACAAUAUCCCCAUAAAGAUGCUCGAUCGAUGGAUUGUGAAUGGAAUGUGGCAGUUGCUUUGGGUAACAAGGUUCGUCUUUCAAUCGCCAUGGUGGAUGAUUUGAAAGCGGGAGACGAUCAGGGACGAUGUGGGAUGAAUUCACUCUCAUCGCUUGAUAUUCUCGAAAAUGCUCAUGACGGUGCCCAUUACUUAAAACGAAUCUGCAAGAAGGAGACCGGUGUGCAGCCAAUUCUUUCCGAUGAUCAUCAACUGACAAUCCGUUACAAGCAACAUGGAGGCCUUCAAUUUGGGCAAAUCUAUGGUUUCCUUUCGCAUUUCUCAACUGUUUGCACGGAUAUUGUUCAUCGAACAUUCGCGGGAACAAUUCAAUCUCCCGGAUAUCCAAAUGAUGCAUAUGGAACACGUUCAUGUUCAUGGACGAUCAUUGCUCCACCAGGAAACAAAUUAGAGUUCACAUUCACUCAAUUUGUCAUCCAGAAACAGAGUCGAUGGAUGAUGAUACCAUGUGGACAAGAUUUCUUGAAAUUCGGUGAUGGUGAAGUUGCAAGUGCAGAGAUCAGAUUAUCGGAUGGAAGUAUCAAUGUCACAAAUACAAUGGAAACUUUCUGCUCAUCCUCUGGAGAACCGAUCACUAUUAAGACAACAAACAACACAGCUCAUAUCGCUUUCAACACAAAAAUGCCGACGAAUCUCUUCUCGAUGACUUGGAGAACUAUUGGUUGUGGCGGGGAAAUGCACGACGGUCAAAAAGUGAUUCUCUCAAAAGAUCAAAUCGAUCAGAAUUCGGAUCUCUUGGAAUGUCAUUGGGUGGUUGAUGCUGGAAUUGGAAAGAUACCAAGAGUUAUCCUGGAAAAGCUCUCCAUUUAUCGUCCUGAUAGUCAAGCUUGUGAUCCACAAAAGGAGGACUUUACUGGAUUGGGGAUCUAUUAUGGAAGAAGCAAUUCAUCAGGACACGCAAUGAAAGCACUUUGUGAACCGACAGUCGAUUACAAUUAUACAGCACAUGCACCCGAACUAUUCCUUCGGCUUACGAUCCCAAUGCGUUAUAUCAAAUCAACGGGCAGCGAACAAUUCAUGAUUUUCUCCGUUUUCUUCCUCGACUCGAAUGGAACAGAUGAUUGCUCUGGAUUGUUUAAAUUGAACAGCACCGAUUCAGUCACUGUUCAUUCGCCUGGUUAUCCAAAUCUUUAUUCACAAGGAGUUUCCUGCAAAUAUGUAUUUGAGACCGAACCCGGUUUUUCUCCACUUUUCGAAGUGAAAGCCUUCUAUCCAGCAAAUGAUGAAUUGGUGAAUGCAGCGAGUUUUCCUUGGCUCGUCAAUCUCUACAAGAAUUACAGUUGCCAGCUGAUUCCCGGUUCGGCUUCAAUGGAAAUGCAGGGAAAUCUCGAGUUCUACGGAAUUCAAGGAAGCAACCAAGAACAAUUUCUCAUCGAUCGAAUCUGCUCAAAAAUCAUCGAAACCAAGAAUAUUACCGUGCCAAAUCAAAAGGCUUUGGUCAAAUUUCAUGCGGCAAGUUUACCUCCAAAGAAGGGAGAAAUCGGGAAAGACAAGAUUGGCUGGAUGUUCACAGUUGAGCCACUUUGUGGAGGAAUAGUGAUCGCCACCGAUAAACAACAACAGUUUACUGUGAUGGAUUUGAAAACCGAGUACUGUAAUCUAACAUUCAUUGCUGAUCCUGCUCUUCCAUAUUCUGAUGUCUACGUUCGAUUUGAUGAUAUUUUUAUGCGAUAUCGACCGAAUGAACGGACGGACGUGAUGGAACCGGCAACAGUGAGCAUUCAAAUUGAUGGAGGAAUUUGGGAGAGCCGACAUAUCGAAACAAUGCAAAGCAUUACCGGAAGUCAAAAGAGAGACGAGUUUCGUGGAACGCGAGAGGUUAAAAUUUCAAUCAAGAGAGCUGAGGGGAUUUUCCGCGAAAAUAUCAUUUUCACUUAUAUGGCUGGAUCAUCUCAAUGUGGCGGUGAAUUAACGCGAAUGCACGGUUACCUCGUUCUCCCAGAUAUAACAAACUCGAAAUUUGAAUGUGAAUGGACUGUGAGACAUUUCUCUGGAAGCAAUGUGAAGCUCAGAUUGAAUGAACUCGUCUUACCUCAUUCGGAAAGUUGUGCAGCCUCGUACCUCGAGAUUCGGCGAAACAAUGAAACGGGCACAUUGAUUGGACGAUUUUGUAAUAUUGAACGAGCUGAGAAUGUGAUUACGGGAGAGUCGUUUUGGAUAAAGUUGAAAUACGAGUAUGUGACCCCGGACAAUUCAAUGAAUGAGUACGAAGAAACGGAAGAAAUCGACAGUACGCUCAAUAAUGAGAAAUACAAAUUGUUAUUGAAUUAUGACAAAAGUACUGGCGGAGAGACGAACUCAUCUGUAAUCGAAUAUCAAUCAACGGGAAAAUCCGAUAUUUUCGCCAGUUCUGCUUGGUUUGUGAAAGGAGAGAAUGAUAAAGGAUUGCUUGUUCAAUUUGAUAAAAUCGAAAUCCCGGAUGAAGAUGAAGACCAGGGAUUGUUUUUGGCCGAUGGUGGGGAUGAUCCAAUAAAUAUGCUUCAUAUAAUGGAAGAUAAAAAACGGAUCGUUGGAUGGAGUCCGAUUAGUGAUCUCUAUUUGGAUUACUCAUCUUUGGUCAUCAAACUCUAUGCUCCAUCAAGAUCGUCCUUCAAAUUGAGAUGGCAAAUUGUGCCAAAACGAGACGCCAACUGGACUUUGGUAGUCAAUGCGUCAACACUAACACCAACAUCAGAGCCUGAUUUCGUCUGUGGCUUUAGUACACCAGUUGUGCCAACAGUAAAUGAAAACUACGUGAUAAGUCCUGGAUAUCCAAGAGGCUACAUAAAUUUUUUGAAAUGCAAAUGGAUCUUCGAGAAACCUUUAUUCUAUGGAGUACAAUUUAAGGUAAUCGAUUUGGAUUUGGAAAGUGUUGAUGGUUGUCGAUAUGAUUACGCGGCUUUGAUUCCACAAAGAGGAAAUCUUGCUGGAUCGACUCUUGAUAAAACCAAGAUCGACACCACUUGGCGUUUGUGCAACAAAAAUCAAAUCAAUCGAACGUUUAAUUUCAAUUACAACCAGUUCACAAAUCUGUAUUUCUACUCUGAUUCAAGUCGAAGUGGGAAAGGAUUCAAAUUCUCCUAUCAAUUGACUUGCAAUUCGUUUGAUUACGUCAAAGCAGCACAAGGUCCGCUCAAUCGAACGAUCACUUCAUUCCGAUAUCCCAUUCUUCAGCCCGAAGAUUCAUGUUCGACAGCAGUUGUUCUUGAAACAAAUCGUCGAAUGAGAGUUGAAAUUCUCGAUUUGGAUAUUUCUGAAGAGAAAGGACCCGAUGGAGAAUGUCUCGAUUAUCUAUUUGUGAGUCACCGUGCGAUGGGCAAUUUGAAACCGAACGAGAUGAUUCCAUCAAAGAAUAUAUUCUGUGGAACACUGGAAGCGCUGGACGAGAAACUUCGCGUACUGAUCACUCCGCUUGGACGACUCUUCAUCAAAUUUGCGGCACGACCGAAAAAGCCAAUGGAAAGAAAUAGACGAGGUUACAAGAUUCUCGUGACUGAAAUUGAAGAGGAAUGUGCAAAUGAUCAGCUGAGAUUGGAUGAGAAUAACUCAAAGAGAACACUCUUCACACCGGGAUGGCCAAAAUUGGCUCCAAACUCACUGAAUUGCCAAUGGUUGAUCGCUGCUCCAAACGGGAAACGCCUCAAAUUCACCAUUGAUCCACACAAUUUCGAUAUUCAAUCGGUGAAUGAAAGUUGUCACGAUGAUUACGUUGAAUUUUACGAUGGACCGACAAUUUUCUCAAAGAAAAUCGGUCGUUUCUGUGGGCAAAAUGCACCGAGUACAAUUUUCUCAACUAGUUCAUUCCUUUUGGUGAAAUAUCGGACGGACAGUUAUAUGCAGAGUUUUGCCUGGAAUGCAACAUAUGAGAUUGCUAGUUGCGGUGGUUCGAUCGUUCUUCGAAAAGACGAGACAAAACGUUUGACGUCACCAAAUUUCCCCGAACAAUAUCCAAUCAAACAAGAUUGUCUCUGGACUGUAAAAGCACCAAAUGCUCAUUUUGUGGAAACGAGAUUGGACCAUUUGUGGAUCUCGUUCACGACGAAUUGUUCCUACGAUUAUUUAGCUAUCCAUGACGGUAAUGAGACAGCCGAUUACUUAAUGGAUCGAACAUGUUCGGGAGGGGUGAGUUCGUCAGCUGAAGGAAAUGAAAUGAUGCAGCCAAAGAGAUCAUCGACUCCAAUUGUUACGGUUGAAUUCCAUGCAAAUAACACGGUGAAUCGAGGUAGUCGACUGUUUUGCGCCGAGAAGAAAUGCGGUUUUGAGAUGCGAUUGGGAGUGAGCAACUUGACUUGUGGUGGAAAAAUCUCGGAUGUGAGCGGUUUCAUCACGGUGCCCGGAUAUCCAAAUCAACUUCUCCCUCAUAUCAGUUGUGAAUGGGAAUUCCAAGCCGGCAUUGGUUUCGGCUACAAAUUCGACUUUGAGUUCGUCGAUGAAACGGUCUGGCAAGCAAGCAGUUUUCGAGCAAGUUCAGAAGGUCUCGGGAAAUGCUACACGAAUAUUGAGACAGUAAACGGCUUGCCAAGUCAUUUCCCAACGAAUUUCAUGAAUGAUCGAUAUUUCUGUGAGAAUCGCACCACUUUCAUCACAACAGCCGACCUUGCAACCAUCAGAUACAAUGAUUUCUCGAGUCGAAACCUUGUUCGGUACACAGAAGAUCUCGAUUUAUCGGCUCAAUAUCGACCUUUCAGGAUAAACUAUAAAAAGAUUCCUCAAAAGAUGAUGCCCGAGUAUGCUUGUAUGACAGAAAUCACGAGAAAUAUGAGUUUCUUCUUGGCCACAAAAGAGAACAACACCGAUAAUCCGCUUGUUUUUCAGAGAGCCGAAUAUUGUCAUCUUGUGCUUCGGAAAACGGCCAAAUAUGGGACAGUCUCGAUCAAGAUUUCCGAAUUUCAAUCGAUUAGCCCAAUUCAUUACGCGUUUUGCACGAAUUACGGAAGCUAUGUUGACAUUCAAUCCGCCGAAAAUGAUCCAUGGCCGGUGAAAGAACGAAUCUGCAAUGCAACCAUUCGAAUGCUUCAAGGAACGGAUACUUCGAACCCGAAUCGUGAAACAUUUGUAGCGACGUUCGUCAACGACCUACUUCAUCUACAUGUUUGGGCACAAAUGGCACCAAAUGGACUGAAGGGAUACACAAAUCUUCGCUUCAAUAUGAGUGUCGAGUUCCAAGAAUGUGGUGGUUUCAUUCGUUCGCCAAAUAUGGGUACAAUCACAUCUCCAAAUUAUGGAGAGGGGAUGAAUUAUUUGCCCAACUCGUAUUGUAUGUGGAUUCUUGAGGCACCAGAAGGACAACUUGUACAGGUUAUUCUUUUGUUUUGCGUUAAGAAUUUCAUCGUUUCAUUUGUUUAUUGGUACAUACAAGUACUCGUAUCGAAUUUUGUGGGAUUAGCAAAAGGAAAGAAAUGG